AUGAGGUUCAUGAUGUUAUGUGGAUGUAAUCUCAACGCUCAGUCUUGUAGGAGUUUGUCAUCAGUUUUACAAUCCUCAAACUCUGUCCUGAGAGAGCUGGACCUGAGUAACAAUGACCUGAAUAAUUCUGGAGUGAAGCUUCUUACUGAUAGACUGAAAAGUCCAGACUGUCAGCUGGAGAUACUGAGGUUAUGUGGAUGUAAUCUCACUGCUCAGUCUUGUGGGAGUUUAUCAUCAGUUUUCCAAUCCUCAAACUCUGUCCUGAGAGAGUUAGAUCUGAGCAACAAUGACCUGAAGGAUUCUGGAGUGAAGCUUCUUACUGAUGGAUUGAAAAAUCCAAACUGUCAGCUGGAGAUACUGAGGUUAUGUGGAUGUAAUCUCAAUGCUCAGUCUUGUGGGAGUUUAUCAUCAGUUUUACAAUCCUCAGACUCUGUCCUGAGAGAGCUGGACCUGAGUAACAAUGACCUGAAGGAUUGUGGAGUGAAGCUUCUUACUGAUGGAUUGAAAAAUCCAAACUGUCAGCUGGAGAUACUGAGGCUAUGUGGAUGUAAUCUCACUGCUCAGUCCUGUGAAAGUCUGUCUUCAGCUUUACAAUCCUCCAAUUCAAACAUCCUGAGAGAACUGAACCUGAGUAACAAUGACCUGCAGGAUUCUAGAGUGAAGCUUCUUUCUGAUGGACUGAAGAGUCCAAACUGUCAGCUGGAAAUACUGAGAUUGUCUGGCUGUAUGGUGACAGAGAAUGGCUGUCAUUAUGUGUUUUCAGCUCUGAGUUCAAACCCCUCACACCUGAGAGAGCUGGAUCUGAGCUACAAUCACCCAGGAGAUUCAGGAGUCAAACUACUCACUGAAAAACUGUUGGAUUCAACCUGCUCACUGGACAAACUCAA